UACGUCAAUACUAAUAUUGGUUGACCAGACGGUUAAAUUUUAUUGUAUUAUAUUGCUUAUACACAUAACACUACGUUCAUUUGCUCCUGUAUAUAUAUAGAGUGCCAAAGGCUAUUGCAGUAUGAUUCACAAAGGACCGCGUCCAUUGGUACUCUGUGGCCCCUCGGGCUCUGGAAAAAGUACUCUAAUAAAACAAUUAUUUGAUGAAUUUCCCGAUACUUUCAAAUUUUCGGUGUCUCAUACAACUAGAAUGCCACGGCCUGGUGAAGAAGAAGGUGUUCACUAUUAUUUCACAGAUAAAGAAAAAAUGCAAAAGCAAAUAGAAAAUAGAGAGUUUAUUGAAACUGCUGUAUUUAGUGGGAAUCUAUAUGGAACAAGCAAACAAGCGGUUGAAGAUGUACAACGUUUAGGAAAGAUAUGUGUAUUAGAUAUUGAUAUAGAAGGUGUGAAACAAAUAAAACGCAUUGAUCUCAAUCCCUUUUACGUAUUCAUAAAACCACCAUCUAUUGUGGAAUUGGAGCAACGAUUAAAAGCUAGAAACACAGAAACUGAAGAAUCUUUGAAACAUAGAUUAUUGACUGCCAAAUCUGAAUUAGAAUAUGGUGAAACACCUGGUAACUUUGACGUUGUCAUAGAAAAUGAUAAUUUGGAAAAAGCAUAUGAGAUUUUACGCAAUUUUAUAUUGUCCAAUUAUAAUCCGCAUUGCCGUACAGACGAGACAACAAGCUAAUAGUCAAGAAUUGAAAUCUAAUGGAUCCUUGGAUAUGACUCAUCUGGACACGAAUAAUGAAUUGUUUCCAACAACAUUACUGUUUCAGAUGUAUCUGAUAAACACAUAAUUGAAAGUUGUGUAUACACAUACACACACAUAAAUUUUGCGAGUUGAAACUGAAGCUAAUCUA